AUGGCAAGCCGUGGCACAGACCUUUUGGACACUGCCUCCAAGCUCUCCAAGGACGAAAAGUGCAUUGAGCAUGGCCCUUCGCAAGACGGCGCCGCCUUUACGGCGCCAUUGCACAGAAAACUCAAGUCGCGGCAUCUGCAGAUGAUUGCCAUUGGAGGCAUCAUCGGUCCCGGUCUCUUGGUUGGCUCUGGAAACGCGCUUCAUUUAGCGGGACCAGCCGGUAUCCUGAUCAGUUUCUCGCUUGUUGGGAUUCUCGUCUUCUUCGUCAUGCAAUCGCUUGGAGAACUAGCCACCCUAAUCCCAGUCACCGGGUCUUUUACUGACUAUGCAGCGCGAUUUGUCGAUGACUCUUUGGCUUUCGGUCUGGGCUGGGCGUAUUGGUAUCUCUGGGUCACGGUUUUAGCAAAUGAAUACAAUGCCUUGUCCCUCGUGAUGGGAUACUGGACCGAUGUUGUCCCCCAGUGGGCGUGGAUUCUAAUAUACUGGGUUAUUUUCCUUGUCCUCUCCAAUCUAGGCGUCCUCGCCUACGGAGAGGUCGAGUUCUGGCUGGCAUUGAUCAAAGUGAUUUCCCUCACAGUCUUCUUUGUUCUCGCCAUUUGCAUUAGCGCUGGUGGAAUAGGCGACCAAACGAUUGGAUUCAAAUACUGGGAUCAUCCAGGGGCCUUCGCCGACUCUAUCAAUGGAGUUGCACGGACUUUUGUGAUUGCCGGAACCCUCUAUGCAGGAACUGAAAUGGUUGGUAUCACGUCCGGCGAAUCGUCGAAUCCUCUAAAAGCGGUCCCUCGGGCCAUCCGCCAGGUAUUUUGGCGUAUCCUGAUUUUCUACGUUGGAAUGAUGUUUUUCAUUGGGAUUCUCAUCCCAUACGACGACGAUCGCCUUCUUGCUUCUGGUUCCAAAACUGCCCAGUCACCACUUACCAUCGCCUUGAAUGACGCCGGUAUCCUACCCGCGGCCCAUCUGAUCAAUGCCUUGAUCGUAAUCUCUGUGAUAUCAGCCGGUAAUAGCUCGCUAUAUGUCUCUUCACGUACCUUGCUCUACUUGGGACGCACUGGCAAGGCUCCAAAAUUCGUUGGCCGCACUAAUAAGGCUGGGGUGCCAUGGGUUGCCCUUCUCGCUUCCAAUCUCUUCGCUUGUAUUUCAUUCCUGUCGCUAUCAUCGAGUGCGGGUAAAGUUUACUCGGCGUUGAUUACUUUGUCCGGGGGUGAGUCCGUCCUUUUCCCCCGUUCCCUCCCCAACGUGCUUUAUAGAGUUACCAUUGUGUACUAA